UGAAGAAUAACAAAAACAAGAACAUACGAAGAAGAAGAAGAGAAGCUAUGGCAGGAGGAGGAGGAACAGAAGCGUUUCCUGAUCUUGGAGAGCAUUGCCAAAACCCUGAUUGCAAAUUACUCGAUUUUCUCCCUUUUACUUGCGACGGCUGCAAAUUGGUGUUUUGUUUGGAGCAUAGAUCAUACAAGUCUCAUAGUUGUCCGAAAUCUGAUCACGGAAGCAGAACGGUUUCCAUCUGUGAAACAUGUUCUAUAGCUAUUGAAACAACUGGUUUUGAUGAAGAAGGAAUCAAAUCUUUGCUUGAGAAACACGAAAGAUCUGGAGAUUGUGAUCCAAACAAGAAAAAGAAACCAAUAUGUCCUGUAAAACGUUGCAAAGAGAUUCUGACUUUCAUGAAUAACCUUACUUGCAAAGAUUGUGGAAUCAAGUUCUGUUUGAAACACCGGUUUCCGGCAGAUCAUGUUUGUAACAAGAAAACCAUAACUACCGCAAGAACAAGCUCGCGGUGGAACGAGAGGUUUAUGGAAGCUUUAAGUUUGAGAAAUGAGAAAGGCUGUGGAAGAGGAAGCUCUGUUUCAUCAAGAUCUCCACCAUCAGUUAGAUCCUUUUAGUUUCUUCUCUUGUAACAACAGUUUGCAUCAACCAAAUCUUUCUUUACGUUCUCAUGUAUUUUCCAUUGUUUGCAAAAAGAAGAUCAUGCAAUUAUUAUUGGUAUGUUUUAGUAUAAUAAGAUGUGUUGAGGUCU